AUGGCACGACGCAAUAUCUAUCUCGAGUACAAGAAAGAUACUAAGUAUCUUCUCUACUGGUUGAUUAAUGUCUCGAAUCGGAUUAUCAAGUCAUCCAAAGAUGAAACUGUCGCCCAGCCCAAUACGACAGGCCAAACAACCGUGGCCGGCCUCAUCGUCAUGACGAAGCUUAUCGCACAACAUGGCGGACCAGUCCCCGGUGCCAUUUAUCGACUGUUUGAGUCAAUCAUUGCAGCGAGAACCACAAUCAACAGCGCUUUUCAUCAGCUCGUUGGAUCAAAUGAGGAUGAGGAUCUAAAGCGCAGCAACGCGAGUCACAAACACUUUAUUGACACGCUCCGGCAAGCGUUUGCCAUUCUCGGAGGCGACUCAUGGAAACAGAGCCCGAGCCAACAGGUCUCCGAGGAGGGCCAGGAUGUGGAACAAGUCAUUUUUGAGAAUAUGUUCAGAAACUUGACCGUUGAGGCCGAGGACGAAGGCUCGAGCGAAGAAGAAGAAGAGGCUCAAACUUCGUCGGCUCCACGGAAGAUUUCAAGAAAGCCUGGAAAGGCCAAGAAAGGCAAAAAGGGCAAGAAAUCGAAGAAACAGAAGAAGACCAAGAAGACACCUACCGCUGGGGACACUGAUAAAGAUGAAAUUCCCAUGGAAAGCGUUAGAAUCAUCAAGGACGCCGACGGGAUCAUGACGGACUACCUGAUGGCUGUGUACACAGCCGUGAAUGAAUGGAUUGACCUUAGGGCGUACAACCAAGCUCUCUGGAAGGAGGUUGCAUACCAAGGUCUCAACGGCGCCGUGGCUGGAGCCGUCGCCAACAUGGCCGUCUCGAUGGCCAAACAGACAAGUUCGGCCAUUUUUGUCGACUUCCCCGGUCACGAUUCGUACGAAACGAUCAUGAAAACGAUCACGCGCGGCGACCCGGACAAGGCUCAAGGCAAAUUUACCAUCGCAAAGUACGCGAUUGACCCCCAUGGCAGACUACACAACAAGCCCGAAGAGACUGCUGUCGACGUCAAGGAGCAGUUUCUCAUCUACGCCUACCAGGAUCUUGUGGACUUUGUGGCCGACUUUCAGCUCAACCGAAGCGGAAAGCCCACCAAAGCGAUGCAGGCGAAGAUUGCGAACUGGGAUCCGAACUUCAACCUGCAAAAAGCGACAAAGCAGCAGCGACUUGAUUGGCGUCGGUCUUACACCCUCAAGUGGCUAUACGACCUUGUCAACGUGUACUCGGCGAUUGUGGUGCAGAGAAACACGAUGAAGGGCGAAAAACAUGUCUAUGAGAGGGUCGACUGGUCUGCCACUGGCCCUUGGGCAGUUCACCGCAGAUUGUACGGAUUGAAUGAGUUCGCCGGAGAAAUCACCUCUAUGGCCAUGAAAAAGCCUGGAGCGGACCCGCGAAAGAUGAUUCAACCCCAUCAUGUGUUUCAACUGCACUGCAUCGUUGAUGCUAUGACAGUCUCUCGAGGCUGGCAACUCAGUACCUUGCGAGGCCACGUCUUGGAAGCACCAGCUCCUGGAUUUCGACCCAGACGGGAUGUAGACCUCUUUCUAGACCGCGAGAACAAGAGGUUUGCCAGAGGCUAUUGCGCAUCGGUGGGCAUGGUGAAAUCCGCUCUCACAAAGGAUGGCGAUCACCCGGAACUCAAGAACAUCUUUCUACUCCUCCAGAUGGAGAUGGAGGAUUUCGUCAACUGGCCUGGAGAGAGCAAGUUCUUCCAACAAAAGCCUACCUUGCUGCUCUGUCGAAAGGCGGAUUGGAAUCCAGACGCGAUCCCUGACGAGGAACUUCACUUUGGCAGUGUCAUGUUUCUUCGUCGACUUGCUUCUUUGAAAAAGUCUCAACUCAAAGAUUCACCCCUCUUUCUCCGAGCCAAGGCAGCUGGAGUGGAUGAGAGUGCGAUCCUGGAAAUGGCCGACAAAUUGGCCAAUAUCAAGAAGUCUGAAACAGCGAUCCCGCAAUCCCUCAUUGACUCAAUCGCGACACAAGGGUACCGAAGUAUGGCGCCUGGUAGCCUGGACAUGGCUACUGGAGCAGCGCGCAAGACGGCGUCCCAAGUCACUGGCCGUGAUCUCCUGGAAUUCGCCAGAGCCGACAUUCUGAGCGAUGUUGCCGGGAUGAGGCCACUCCUUAGCUUCAAUUAUCUGUCUUCGAUCGUCGUCUUUUUGCGGGUGUUUGCCCAGAUCGAGGAUCGUCUCAGCAAAGCAAGUAAUCGAUCGUACAUCGACGCGUACGAGAGGCCUGGACCAGCGGAUAAGCGAAUCACACUCGUACUUCUGGCUUUGGCGGAGCAGGACCAGCAAUGCUUGAGGAUCAUGGGUGAAGCAUUCGAGGCCUGCCGUUCGGGUUUCAUGGACUAUAUUUACUGGGACGACCUUGAUACGGAGCCUGCACCGAGGGAGAGACCAGGAAAUUCGAGUCCAGAAGCAUGUGUUGUCAUGUAG